ACUUUCUUGGACUCUUUCAGAGUUUGAUAAUUACAUCUGCCAGAGCUUUCCCAUGGUUAGCCUGAAUGUCAUUGGAUAUCAUCUUGCAAGAGCUGAUAAGACCAGGGUUCUGACUAAAAUUCAGGCUAAUACAUUGAAAGACCUGAAGAAAACAGUUGGAAGAAGCAGGGUUUAUAUUAUUCCCCAGACCACUAUUACACUGCCGUUACAGGUGAGUUUUUUUGUUUUAUUUGUUCUAUUAGGGCAGCACUCCUUUUGAAUUUUAGCAUACUGAUGAGAAUUAUCAAACAUUUCUUUUCCAUUUAGAUCCCCGAACCUGAAGGGGCUCAUAGCCCACCAGAAACAUCUCCACCAACUGGACCUGAGACAGCUUCACAGUCUCUAGCUUCUUCAGCAUCCACACAACUGAUGACCACACCAACUGCUGCAUCGACAGCCAUCAGACCUGCAGCCUCAACCACUGCCCCUGCAGCCAUUGAUGUAUUUCCAUCCCAAUCCCCUUCAUCACUGGCCCUCAGACCUCAAGCCUCAGGUUCUGCCCCCCAGGUUACACCCCCUGCUCCUACGGUUCCUAUGAACAUGCCAGCAUUCACAUCUAACAGUAAUUCUCAUAUAGGUGCAGAGUCCCCUCCCCUUAAUGCCAUGUCACUCUCUUCAACUCUUGACAUUGAUGGAAGCUCACCAAGGACAGACUCAAACCCAUCACUUGAGGCAAGUUUGGAUCCUGCACAGUGGCUGAAUGCUGGUACCCCAGAGGUCUUUUACAGAAGGGCACAUGUGGAACCACCUAAUAGUACUUCUAUCAAUGACUUUGUCAUUGAUGAUUCAGAGGAAGGGGAAGAGGACGAUAACAUUGCAGUUCCUUUUGAAAGUGACAUGCCUACGUCUGAGGAAGUGGAGCUUGCCAUAAUUCUGAGCGCUUUUCGAGAGGAUCACCUUUCUGGGGGCGUCAUAUCCACUUGUUGUAUCAGGAGGAAAAAGCUUCUGGAGAGUGCCAUUAAAGCAAUCUCCAGAGUCACUUUCUGUUGGACCGAUUCACCACAGAUUGAGUUUGUAGGAGAAGAUGCAGAUGAUAUGGGGGGACCACAGCGAGAGUUUUUCAGACUCUUGAUGAUAGAGGUUCAGACCUCUCUUGGCAUUUUCGAAGGAAAGGCUGGCCAGGUCUUUCUUAGUUACGACCAAGCAGCAUUAGACCAAAAUAAGUACUUCAAAGCUGGGAAUCUUAUCGCUUGGUCGAUUGCACAUGGAGGUCCAUGCAUCAAAGCCCUGGAUCCCAGCCUCUUCCAGCUGAUGUGUGGCCAGGAGCCACAGCUUGAGCAGUUUGACUGGCAGUUGCUGCCUGACCCAGAGGUGCAAAGCAAAGUCAAAAGGAUCCUAGAGUGCAAGACUGCAGGGGACCUGACAGCACUCCAGAAAGACUUGGGGGACUGGAUUAAUGAGUGUGGUGUCCCAUUCAUAUUCACAGCUACAAUUGAAGACAUACCAAAAAUCUAUGCUUACGUGGUGAAGCACUACAUCUUUCUCAGAACGGCCAGAAUGGUACACCAGUUCACAGAGGGAAUGAACGCUUUUGGGAAGCUGUGGGACCUGGUAAAGGAGAACUGGAUUGCCUUCCUACCAUUGUUCACCAACAUGCAGGAGCCUUUGUCAAAGGCAGCAUUCAAGGCCAUCUUCACUUACAGUUACAGCAGUAGAGGAACCAACCGACGUGAGGAAGAGGAGGACACCAUCUACUGCUGGGAGCUGGUUCUGAACAUGAUUGAAGACAAAUUGACUGAACUCAGAUUCGAAGACCUUCUGAUAUUCAUCACUGGUGCAGAUGAAGUCCCUGCCCUUGGGUUUCCAAAUAAGCCUGCAUUGACUUCUUUGAACAGGAGUCAGGCCAGCGACGUUUGCCCUACGCCUCGACUUGCAUGA